AGAGCAGCACGUAUAAAAGUCUCGCUCCACAUCAGACGAUACUCAUUUGCGUUCCGCUGUUCUUUGGUUCCACUCCACAACAAACUUGCAGAGCAAUGUCUAAGAAUUCAUGUUGUCGCGGUCCCGGUUACGCAACGCCGUUGGAUGCCAUGAAGAGCGGGCCCCGGGAGAAGCUCCUCUACACGGUGACGGUGCAGCCCAACUUGGAUGAGCCCCACGGCGACUAUCUGUCAACAAUCGACGUGGACCCCGAAAGCCCCACCUACUGCCAGAUAAUUCAUCGCACGUUCACGAAUCGGAAGGGGGACGAGCUCCAUCACUCGGGCUGGAAUGCUUGCUCGAGUUGUUACUAUGUGGACGAGAAUGCAAAAAGCGUUCCGAAGAGGGACAAAUUGGUAUUGCCGGCCCUGAACUCGGACUUUGUGUACAUACUCGAUGUGGUGAAGGAUCCGCGGAAGCCCGAAAUCAUAAAGGUCAUCGAUGGGGAGGUGCUGAAGAGUCACAAUGUGACGGGACCCCAUACGACGCACUGCCUGGCCAAUGGAAACAUAAUGAUAUCUGUGAUGGGCGACGCCGAGGGGAAUGCCAAGGGGGAUUUCAUUCUGUUCGACUCGGACUUCAAUUGCAUCGGCACCUGGACCAAGGGGGCAAAGAAGGCCUUGUGUGGAUACGAUUUCUGGUAUCAGCCCUAUUUUGAUGUAAUGGUUGCAUCCGAGUGGGGAGCUCCCAAUAAAUUUCGACGUGGCUGGCAGAGCGGAGAUCUGGAAGACAUGACCCAGUACGGUUGCAGGCUCAACUUUUACAAAUGGUCCACGCAAACAUUGUACCAAACCAUUGAUUUGGGUACGGAUGGGAUAACGCCCCUGGAGAUUCGCUUUCUGCAUGACCCAAAACGGGCCGAGGGUUUCGUCGGAUGUGCCUUGAACGCCAAGGUGUUCUACUUCAGGAAGAAGCCGGACUCCGAUGAGUUUGAGGCGAAGAAAGUGAUUGACAUUCCGGGCAAGCUGGUGGACACGGGCAGUGGCACUGCAGAGGACAUGGGUGGCAUGAUUUCAGAUAUUAUAAUUUCGCUGGAUGACAGAUUCCUCUACGUAAACUGUUGGAGGCACGGCGAUGUGCGGCAGUACGACAUCAGUGAUGCCGCAAAUCCGAAGCUGACUGGCCAGCUAUUCCUGGGAGGUGCCAUAUGCAGCGACCUACCCAACAUCAUUGUCAAGGAGGAUAAGGAACUGACAGAGCGACCACCAGCACGCUAUGUAAAAGAACGCCGCUUGGAGGGUGGACCACAGAUGAUGCAGCUAUCCCUGGACGGCAAGCGCUUGUAUGUCUCCUCAUCGCUAUACUCACCCUGGGACAAGCAGUUUUAUCCCAAAAUGGUGUCCAAGGGCGGUCAUGUGUGCAUGAUUGAUGUGGAUACCGUGAAUGGCGGCAUCUCGUUGAAUGAGGACUUUUUCGUGGACUUUGGCAACGAGCCAUACGGUCCUGGCCUGCCCCAUGAAAUGCGCUAUCCUGGUGGCGACUGCACUUCCGACAUUUGGCUGGCCAACGAUGCGUAAAGAACUCCUUUCAGCAGCUGGCAUUUUAAUUCCAAAAGUUAAUUAUUUUAUUGAAAUUAAUGUUUGGAGAUAUCUCCUUCUCAUCUCUCAUUCCUCAUUCGUGAUAUCUCCGAACUGGAGACAUCGCCGGUGUAUCGCUUUUUCGUCACAUUAAAAUCCAAAAGCAA